UGUACAGCUUCGGAUAGAUUAAGGACAGACCUGCCCACAAACUGUAACAUAUCUGGGGCGUUGCCGAAAGAAAUCGACUGGAGAGCUAAAAAUUGCAUCACACCAGUCAAGAACCAGGGUGGUUGUGGAAGCUGUUAUGCAUUUUCAAGCACAGGUUCGCUAGAAGCCCACCAUUGUAUAAAAACUGGAGACUUAGUAUCCUUGUCUGAACAAAAUAUCAUAGACUGUACAGAUAACUCCAAGUAUUUAAACAAAGGCUGCAAAGGGGGACUGAUGGACCAUGCUUUUAGAUAUAUCAUCGAUAAUAGUGGAAUUGAUACUGAGAAAUCGUAUCCAUAUCGGGAACAGGUUGGUAGGUGUAAAUUCAGCAAGUCAACAAUUGGGGCCACUGUACGAUCGUAUCAAGAUAUACUUCCACGAGGGGACGAAUGUCAACUGAAGAUAGCGGUCGGAAGUGUUGGACCGGUGUCCGUGGGCGUAGACGCCAGCGGGCUUCUAUUCAAGCUAUAUUCCCACGGAGUAUUUGACAAUAGUUGGUGCAGCUCAACUAGGUUAAACCAUGGCAUGUUGAUAGUUGGAUACGGUUCAGAUAGUGAUGGAAACGAUUAUUGGUUGAUAAAGAACAGUUGGAGUACAUACUGGGGAAUGAAUGGAUACAUGAAGAUGAUUCGGAACAAGAACAACAGAUGUGGCAUUGCAACUCUCGCAAGUUAUCCUAUUGUUUAGCAGAAUAAAAAAAAACGUGGCAGCUUCUGUGGCCUAUGUUCUGAUAUAACAUUCUGAUAUUUAAUUGAUAAACAAAUACAUGUAUUAUGUUUUUAAAACAUCCUUUUAAAAAUUAUUUGUCCUUUAUUUUAGUGAUUAACAGGAAUUUGUCAAUUAAUUGUCUUUUUGUCGCUGUUUUGAAGUAUUUAGUAUUAAAUCAACGGUUGAUGA